CGCGAGCCGGGCAAAGUGCGUGGAACCGUGUUAAUGGGGUAAAACAGGGUCUAUAGUAGGGGUCAAGUCUUACAAUCAAGAGAAUGUGGGUGGGGACGUAGGAUGUGGAAUCAACGGAGGUCACAGUCGGGGUUUGAACGCGGGGAAAAACCAACAUUAGCGUCUUUUCUCUUUUUUUUUUUUUUUUUUCCUGUCGCGUUACGUCGGAUGCGCUCGAGUCCAGUCGGAGAGCGCGCACGCACGCACGAGAGAAAGAGAGAGAGAGAGCUAGAGAGCGAGCUAGAGAGACGUGUGAUUUCUCUUUGUACUGAAAGAAGAGUUGAGGCCGGCUCUGCUCUCGCCGCCGUCUCUUUUUUUAUAUAAGCAGAGUUUGCAUGCUGUAAAUAGCCCAUUAAGCCGGUUACACUUCAACGUUUCGUUCUACUCGUCGGUCACCCCCCCUUUUUUUUGUGUCAGUGUGGAUACGAGCCAGCCACCGCCAAUGUCCCCAUAAAAAAAAGCCAACGAGCCUCUUUUCGCCUUCUUCCUCUGCCGUCAACCCCUUUCACACUUCCACACCUCCGGGAGGGAGCUUUAUUCUCUCCCCCUUCCUCCUCCUCGUCCUCCUCCUCCUCCUCCUCCACCACCACCUUCUCCUCCAAACCGAAGCGACAAUGGCAGCUGUAACGAGCCCGGAGACGAGCCCUCAACCCCGGGUAUAUUUCCAGACGCCGGCCGGCACCACGGAGGAGCCGGAGACACCCGUGAGGAAGCAGGGGCGCGUUACCGUCAAAUACGACCGCAAGGAGCUGAGGAAGAGACUGAACCUGGAGGAGUGGAUUAUCGACCAGCUAACGGACCUCUACGACUGUGAGGAGGAGGCCAUCCCAGAGCUGGAGAUAGACGUGGACGAGCUGCUGGACAUGCCCAGCGACGUCGAGCGGGCAGCCAGGGUCAAGGACUUACUGGUUGACUGUUUUAAACCUACUGAGGACUUCAUCUCAGAACUGCUCGACAAGAUCCGAGGGAUGCAGAAGCUCUCCACGCCUCAGAAGAAAUGAUGGGGUCCCUGCUUCUCCUCCUCCUCCACCUCCUCCUCCUCUUCCCGCUACAUCUUCCCUCCACCUCAGCCCUCACCGCUCGUCUUCCUACCGCACCCCGCUCUUUUUUUAAUUUUAAUGUCCGUCGAACAUGAUUAAAUGUUUUAACGCAACGGUGUUUCUGCUUCUGUGUUCUCCUCCCGGCUGCCUGGACCCAGCCCCGUGUGUCGCUUUCCCUUUUUCUUUUCUUUUUCAUCAACGACGACAAAAAAUUUAAAAAAAAAAAAAAAAAAAAAGGAAAAGUGGCAAAUGAAUAAUUCGAGAAGCGAUUCGUCCGCCUUAAUCCAGGCACUGCCCUCCUUCCCUCCUCCUCUCCUUUCUGUUUCUGCCCUCUCUUUUUGGCCAUUGUUCGGCUCUGCGCCUCUUCGUCGUCCAGCUCCUCUUCCUCCUCCCGCCCCCCCCCACCCCCCUCCCUCCAUCUGUCUGAGGAGGAAGAGGAGAGGAGACGAGUCCCGUAAUUACUGGGCGCAGGGCGGCCGAGAGUGGGAAGAAGAAGAAGAAGAAGAACGAGCCAAAAGAGAGAGGGGGGAAAAAAAAUAAAGAGUGGAAGGGUGAACGAUGAGGGAGGAAGCAGCCAAUCGGUUCGAAGCAGAGCCUGAUCAUCACAGUGACGGCCCUUAUAAUGUUAUUUUUAAACCCAUCAUAAUUCAGUUCCUGCUUCAGUUUGAGGGCAUGGGGACAUUCACCUCACUUUUUAUUUUAUUUUUUUAGUUUUUUGGGUUAAUUAACUUUUCGAGGAGGAGGGAGGGAGGAGGGAGGGGUCAGUACAGUCUUUGCUAAUUACCCCUCCUCUUAAUCAGAGGCAUUGCUGCAGUGGUGCUUUUAAAGACUGUCCUUUUUUUGUGUGUGCGCGUGCGUGCGUGUGUGUGUGUGUGCGUGUCGAAAAAAAAAAAACUGUACCAUGUCAUUUUGGGAAGAAAAGCCGAACCUCUUACUGCACGAUGUGUCUCCUUAGUACGUCAGUGAAGAGCCUGGAAAUAGUGGUUGAACCUUUAAAAAAAAAAAAAAGAAGAAGAAGUCACUGGUUGGCUGUAGUGGUCGUGUGGCCGGAGCGACUUUAGACUAAAAGGCCGACCUCCUCUUGAAGCUAGAGCAGACGUAGGUUCUCUUAGAACGGAAGUUUUUCUUUCCACAAAUGCGUAGUACGGCGAUGAGAGGCUCGUCCGGAGCCACUGCUGUCCAGACUGCACACACGUCUGUACGUCUGUGUCGCUAAAUGCUACGUGUGUGUAUGUUGCUACAUAAUGUACAGCAACAUGUGUUAUAGGAGUGUGUUUUUUUUUUUUGGGCCUGUAUAUUCUGCUGUUCUGUGCGACAGGUUAGGUUUUUGGUAGAGGACUGGUUCCUUUUUUUAGUUUUUUGUUUUUUUUCUGGUUGCAUUUUGUCACACUCACACUGACAGUCCGACGGGGAGGGGCGGGGUGGACCCUAAACAAAGAUGCCUUUUUUUUUUUUUAAUCACAGUCCCUCCAUCCUCUCCCUGCUUUUUCUUUUUCUUUUUCCUAGGAAACGAUUUAGACCGCCGCAUUCUUUUCUUUACAGCAGACGCCAGCUCAGAGCUGCGCCUGUCACGCCCGCCUCAACGGGAGGGGAGGCCAUUGUUGCAAAUUGAAGCUCUUUAAUUGCAUUCAUCCAUCUCUUUUUUUUAUUCUGCCACUCGCACACACACACACACACGCGGGCCCACCCUCAGGGCGGCGGCGGAGGAAACGGAAACGCGCCGGGCAAACACAGCUGCCUCUCGCACAGAUGUGCACGUGCGAGCGCCGACAACUGCGCGAUGCGAGGCACACGGGGGGAAGCUGCCAAUCACCUCUGAGAAUAAGCCAUCUGUUUCUGAUCCUGGGCCAAUCAGAUCUGAGACCGGAGCCCAUUGGCCGCCGGGAGCAGCAGCAGCAGCAGCAGCAGCAACGCUCGCUGCGAUUCCUGCCUGUGACUGACUGCUUAACACCUGCGGUGACGGCAGACCUUCACUGUCUGCCUCACACACACACACACACACACACACACACACUAAUCUCCCAUUUCCAUCUCACUGCUCGGUCAUCCUCCCCUUCUCUCCUCCUCUUCCUCCCAUUCAUCCUUCUGCCCAUCCUCUCCUCUCUAUCCUCCCUUUCAUUUUUUUUUUUUCUUUCUUAAAAACAGAUGUUGCCUUAGGUAUUAUUUAUGUCACACAAACCAAAUAAACGGGAGACAUUCAUUUUUAAAACUGCUUAAAAAAAAAAAAACCUGUGUUACUGAGCAGAGCUGCGGCACGUGGAGAAUCUUCUUUCUGUCGCUCCUUGUUUUUUUUUUUUUUUUUUUUUUUUAAAAAAGAAACAACAAAAUCUGUUUUUUGUUUGUUUUUUAGAAGUGAGUGUUUAAUACUUAGGCCUUGAUACAGUGAUUUUGUUUAGAUGAAUAAUGUUCUUUACAUCUACCAUUUGAAUACUCGGUCUGUUUUUAUUGUGUGAUCAUGACACUUCUUGAGGCCAGGCCUUGGAUUAACACGUAGUUGAACUAAAAUCCACUCAGAUGCUUUCUGGUGCGAUUGCUUUUGCCUUCUGCCCGCCUGCUGGUGGUGUUUUACCAGGCAAGUUCAAUCAGUAGCUGAAUUUGAGUGGAUUUUUUUUCUUUUCUGAAUCCAGGUGUGGAUUAUACCUUCUUAGACUGUUAUUGAGAAGUCAUUUUUUUUACUGUUGGGGAAAAUUGCAAAAAAGAAAAGAAAAAAAAAGAAGUAUAUAUAUACUGAUUAUUACCACUGAGGCUAAACACAAGAGCUAAACCGUGCAGACUGGAGGAGUGGUGGUGUGUUUUCUUUGGACAUCGAUUUGGAUCAACAAACAAAUGUAGCAAUAUCAACAACAGGUCUUGUUUUUGCCCAAUUUUGUUACACUUUUAUGCAACUUUAAUAAAAACAUGUAAAAUUGA